AUGGAUUCAGCGCCAGCACAAGAGGUAACGGAGCUGCUGAGACAAUGGGAGGAGCAACACAAUACACCAAACUUCGACCCGAUACCAACUUUGACGAGGAUAGCAGAGAUAAUAGAGGCAGAGACAGAGAACUUCAUGAAGAAAGAUCCGGAUCCAUUCGAUGAGAGGCACCCGUCACGUACUGAUCCAGAAUGCGCGCUCGGACACGCCCUCAAAGUCAUGUUCAAGAAGGACAACUUUAUGACAAAGCUGGUAAACGACUAUGUACGUGACACGUACUAUUCGCGUCAGAACAUCACCGGCCGCGACGUCCACAAGCUGAACGUGGCCGCUUGCAGACUGACGCUCGACCUCAUGCCUGGACUCGAGAUGAGUGUCGUCUUCCAGGACAACGAAGCUCUGAUCCACCGUCUAGUGAACUGGGCGACUAACUCAGUGGAGCCGCUGCAAUGCUACGCUACCGGUCUGCUCGCCGCCGCCAUGGAGGUGCAGGAGAUUGCUACAAAUUUUAGGGAUUUAAACGCUAUGCUAGUACCGCUAAUGCUAAGGAGGCUACACGCUUUAAGAGAAGACAAACAGAACAACCCGAACACAGUGACGCCACCGAACCAGACGCGACACUUCGCGCGCUUCGACAAGAAGCGAAAUAGUGACAUCAAGUGCAACGGACCUAGUAAAGAUAAGAAAGAUCGUGCCAAAGACGAGGGCGGUGGAGGAGACAUGUUAGUUGAUGAAACUCCCCCGCAGGCCAGCAGAGACCCCGAGACCCCAGUCAAGAAUUAUAGUAGUCCAGCGAACGCAUGUUCUCCCCCCUCUCAGUGGGGGAUGAUGUCUCCCCCACCUCGGCCGCCCCCCCUACACCAACAUGAAACCUCCUCCAAUUCCAGCUGGGCGGAAAUGGAGACAUAUGUUAUAGGUAAUAUACAAAUUCACCCUCCGACGGACGCCACCAAACAGAUGCUCAUACUACGGUAUCUCACACCCAUGGGAGAGUACCAAGAGUUCCUAUCGCACGUGUUCGAGCAGAACGCCCUAGGUUUGAUUCUCGGCUACUUGAACGUGCGCGAGUCCAGAGACUCUCGGCUCGCGUUCGAAGCGCUCAAGUACCUCGCCGCUCUACUCUGCCAUAAGAAGUUCUCCAUCGAUUUUAUUAAUAUGGGCGGGUUGCAGAAAUUCCUGGAAGUGCCUAGACCGUCAGUGGCCGCGACGGGUGUGUCCAUCUGCCUGUACUACCUCGCCUACUGCGAGGACGCCAUGGAACGAGUCUGUCUACUGCCCAGGAAGACUCUGGCUGAUCUCGUUAGGUACGCGCUAUGGUUGCUGGAAUGCUCGCACGACUCGGGCCGCUGUCACGCCACCAUGUUCUUCGGUCUUUCCUUCCAGUUCCGCGUCAUCCUUGAGGAGUUCGAUCAUCAGGAUGGUCUACGUAAACUUUACAACGUGAUAUCAACCCUGCCUAUACUGAGCGCGGACGAGGACGAGUCGCGAGUGUCCGAGGACGAGACAUGCGCCGCGCGACAAAUCGUACGACACGUCUGUGUCGCAUUAAGAAGGUACUUAGAAGCUCACCUGCGCCUUAGAGCUGCUCAGGUCGCGAGGCAACAUGGCGACAAUGUUCCCGAGCCGCCUCCUUACAAGGCAUCUAAGUCGUCUCCGGAGGAGAUUCAAGAGCAGAUAGAGUUGCUACAAAGCGUGGCGUGGUCUCGAUGGUCAGCUGUAGACGAGCUACUGGAGCUGGGCGGAGUAUCGUUACUGCUACAGGUCGUGGGAUACGCUUACGAAUGGAAUUUUAACGGCAGGUCGGAGACAGUCCGGUCGGCUCUGGACGUGAUCUCGGUCUGCUGCGUGGCGCCCCGGGUUCAGCUCUUGUUGACUGAAAAGAUAGACAUGAGAGACGCCGAGAUGACCACCGGAGUCAACAUAGUACUUGACGUUUUGGCAGGCGCGGCGGACGGCGAGAUAGUUCCAGAGCCCGACGUACAAAAGGCAGCACUCAACGUACUCGUCAACUGCGUCUGCGCACCUGUCCAUAGAGCGGGCACAUCGACGACGAGGUUUUCAAUAACCGGUUCGAGUAAGAAGAAGACCGCACUCAAGUCGUACGAGGACCUCAUACAGAAGGUCUGGGAGAGUGUGCGAACUAAUAAUGGAAUUAUGGUCCUCCUCUCACUAAUGAUGGUCAAGUCGCCAAUAACGGACGCGGACAGACUGCGCGGGCUGGCGUGUCGAGCCCUGGCCGGACUGGCGCGCUGCCCCACUGUCAGACAGAUCAUAUCCAAACUGCCGCUCUUCACUACAUCACAGAUACAAGUGUUAAUGCGCGAUCCGAUAUUACAAGAGAAACGACAGGAACACGUGAUGUUCCAGAAGUAUGCUCUGGAACUCCUCGAGCGCGUCUCUGGGAAGAGCAAGCAUAUGGGCGCCGAGUUCGAGACGUCACUAGCUAAUAUACAUCGGGCUAACGUAGUGGCUCAGACGCGUAUAAAUUACAACGAGCGCCAGUUACUACAACUAGUGGCGGCUCACUUAGCGGAGCGCGGGCUGUCGGCCAGCGCGGCCACGCUACAGAGGGAGGCGAGGCUGCCCCCGCCCUCCGCGCCCGCGCCCCCCCCCCCCGCCGCCCCCCGUCUACACGCCGUCUACUCCUACUAG